AUCAUGGGAUAUGCAUAUCUCUAACAAAAUUCCAAAAACCCAAUGGAGUUAGUUAAUGGAGAAAACAUAGAUGAGCUAAUUCAAGCUCAAUCUCAUAUAUGGAAUCAUACAUUCCACUUCAUAAAAUCCAUGGCUUUAAAAUGUGCAAUUCAACUAGCCAUACCGGACAUCAUUAACCGCCACGGUCAACCGAUGACUCUUUCCGAGCUCGCGCUUGCCCUCCGAGUCCAUCCAGCUAAAACUCAGCAUCUCAACCGUCUAAUGUGUCUUCUCAUCCAUUCAGGUUUCUUCAAUUACACGCAAACUGCUUCUAAUUUAAACCCUAGCUGCCAAGAAGGCUAUACCCUAACUUCAGCCUCACGUCUUCUUCUUAAAGAAAGUAAUCUCUUUGAUUUGAGACCGUUCAUAUCUCUAAUUCUUGAUCCAAUUAUUUUUGAACCGUAUAAUCAUUUAGCUCCGUUUCUUCAAAAUGAUGAUCCGUCGGCUUUUAACACCGCAUUUGGCGAGCCGUUAUGGAGUUAUGCAGGGCAUGAUUCUAGGGUUAGUAAUGUGUUUAAUGAAGCUAUGGCUAGUGAUAGCUUAAUGAUGGGUCGGGCUGUGAUGGUUAAGUGUAAGAAUGUUUUUGAAGGAUUGAACUCGCUAAUUGAUGCUGGUGGUGGCACUGGAAAUAUGGCUAAGGCCAUUGCUGAAACUUUUCCAAGUUUAAAUUGCACGGUUUUGGAUUUUCCGCAUGCAGUUUCUGACUUGAAAGGUAGCAAAAAUUUGAGUUUUCUUGGUGGUGACAUGUUUCAGGCAAUUCCUCCAGCUGAUGCAGUUUUACUAAAGUGGAUAUUGCAUGACUGGUCUGAUGAAGAGUGCAUAAAAAUACUUAAAAACUGCAAAGAGGCAAUAUCAGGAAAUGGCAAAGUAAUAAUCAUAGACAUGGUUAUGGGAAGCCAUGAGAAUUGGACUGAAACUCAGCUGUUGUUCGACAUGGAAAUGAUGGCUUGCGUGACGGGCAAGGAAAGAAAUGAGAAAGAAUGGGCUAAGCUUUUCUUUGAUUCUGGCUAUACUACUUAUAAAAUUCAUAAUGUGCUUGGCCCUAGAGCUCUCAUUGAGGUUUAUCCUUGACAAUUCGUGGAUCAUCGUUAGGGGUGUUCAUUCGAUUCAAGUCGGCCAUGAUCAAAUCGGGUUUACGUAAAAAAUAAAUUGAUUUGUGAUUUAAAAGCAUUCGAAUCAAAUCGAACUAAAUCAUCAGAUUCUGUUUUUCAGCUUUUGCAUUACUAGAUUAUUAUAUAUCUUGUAAUUAUUCAAGAUCAUGAAGCAAUAUUAUGUGUGUUUUAGCUAUAUUAUAUAAAUAACCAUAGGAAUAUGGUGGUUGUUAGGUAUUUUUAUAUUUGCCUUGUUGAAAUACUUUAUAUUGUAAUAUUUGCCCCCUAUUGAUAAAAUUUGUAUUGUUAUAUGUAUCCCUUUUGACAUAAA